AUGGAGCAGAGGCUUUCUAAUACAUGGCGGAUGACAUUGAAUGAGAAGAAAUUCAUCGAGACGGCGCUGCUGUCGGAUCUCAGAAUCGAUGGUCGCGGUCCAUUUGAUUAUCGAAGCUUAACAAUCCAGUUUGGUAGUGAAGAUGGCUCAUCGGAGGUGAAACUGGGCCAGACUCGUGUAAUGGGAUUUGUAACCUCCCAGCUGGUGCAACCUUAUCGUGACCGCCCGAACGAAGGAACUCUUGCCAUAUUUACUGAAUUCUCUCCAAUGGCAGAUCCUUCAUUUGAAGUAGGGCGUCCUGGGGAAUUUGCUGUAGAGUUAGGACGCAUAAUUGAUCGUGGGUUGAGGGAAAGCAGGGCAGUGGACACAGAAUCACUUUGUGUUGUUGCUGGUAAAUGGGUGUGGUCUAUUCGUGUCGAUCUUCACAUUCUGGACAAUGGCGGGAAUCUUGUGGAUGCUGCCAAUAUAGCUGCUUUGACUGCUCUUUUGACUUUCAGAAGGCCAGAAUGCACAUUAGGAGGAGAAGAUGGCCAGGAAGUUACCAUACAUCCUCCUGAAGUCAGGGAACCACUUCCGUUGAUUGUACACCAUCUCCCUAUAGCUGUUACCUUCGCCUUUAUUGGGGCGGAGAGCACAGUGGUUAUUGACCCGUCACACUUUGAAGAAGCUGUUAUGGGAGGAAAAUUGACUGCUACCCUGAAUACAAAUGGUGACGUCUGUGCUAUCCAAAAAGCUGGAGGGGAAGGCGUCAUACAGAGUGUUAUUAUGCAGUGCUUGCGUAUUGCAUCUGUAAAGGCUGGCGACAUAACAACCAAAAUAAAGAAAGAGGUUGAAGUCUACAACUCAACAAGAGCUUUGAAAAAGAUCAAACGACACCCUGAUCCUGUUGGCGUGAGCCAAAUUGCUCAGAAGAGAGUUGAUAAUUUAUCAAAGGCAAUGGGGAAGCGUGAAAUGAAAACAGAGGAUAGAAGUACGCAAGAGGACAUGGAAAUUGAAACCAAUUCAUCUAAAAAUGAUGAAAGCAGUUUGGGGAAUGUCAAGCUUAAACCUUUUAUUGGUGGACCAUCUAGCUGGGAUCCAUAUUCUAAGGGUGUCAACGUUGAUGAAUUGAAGGCAUCUCUGGGUUUGCGAGCUGCAGUGAUCCCAGAACGAGAGAUGGAUGUAUUACCUCCUGAAAAUCCUGAGUCUGAUCAACCCCUUAGAGAUGAAGAUCCAUCACCUCCAUCGGAGGAUACAGCUAAAGCUCAACAACAGAUGACCAAACCCAAGACGUUAAAAGAUGCAGUGAAGCCUAAGCAUAAAAGGAAAAAGAAGAAUUUGUUGAAUACUGAUGGGAGUUAA